UGUUAUAUACGACAUUAAUUGUGAAUGCAGCUCUACAAACACUUUACAGUACCGCGUUAGACACCUCAUUCUAGGGGAGGAGUUUAAUACAUAUAAGAUACAUAGUGGCGCAAUUCAUUUAUUUGGUACGGAGCCACAGCGAAUAUAUACGUGAGGUAAAAUCGGCAUACAGCAAAGAAAGCAUUUGUUCAACCCCACACGUUGUGAGUAGGUGUACGUAAAUAAAGAUGUUCAAGUGGCUGACUGUUUGUUUCAUCGCUUUCGCGGUUGCAAAAUGGAACCAGAAUGUACAAGCGACGGAUGAGUUGAAUGAAGAAGAGAGAAGGCUACUGGAAGCUCUUGAGGAUAAAUUAGAUCGGGAAUCGCAGGAGAUUGAUGUGUGUGAAACAGAAGAAUGUUUUAUGGAUUACGCAUGUGCGUCACAAUGUUGUUCAGAUGAUUGUGCCGCAGCGGACGACUACGAAGGUUGCAUGGAUGACUGCAUGAAGGACGUACCAGACACGGUUACGGCUGCCCCGAACCAAGAGAGUCCAAGCGGAGAAGUUAACGGUCAGCAAAAGAAAGCAUGGGGAUUUCGAGUGAGAAGAGCCUGGAGAAGAGCAGUCAGAACAGCGAGAAGAGUCAGAGUCUGGAGAAGAGGAGAAGAUCAUAAAAAUGUCUACAAAUUCGAUAAAAAUGUGUAGUUUUAUAAAUGAAAGGACCUUUUGAAAGCCUUUAAUAGUUUGUAGAAACUUCAAUCAGACAAUGCGUUUCAGAAUAGCAUAACAGAGAAACUAAACCGACUAAUAUUGUAUUACUGAUGUAGGCAAAUAAAUAACACCGUUUCAUGGUAACUUUUUUUCAACAUUUCUAUAUUGAAUAUUUAAAAAGUUUAGUUAUAAAAGUAAAUUCUAUUAAUAACUUAAUUUAACGUUAUGAUUUUGUUUGAUUAAUUGUAGACUAUAAGCUCAACUAAGUGUAUUAAAAUAUGUAUGAAAUAAUUUCAAAUGUCAGUUAUCAGCCAGAAAGUUCAUUUUGCGUUAAAACUCAUACUAAGAAAUUAAGAACUAAACAUUGGAACGUUUUUUUCUUCUUCGUAACGUUACCUCUCAUAAUGAUUGAUUAUCAUAUAUUACAUAAUAUAUCUAAACGUUAGAACAAAAUACAUAGUCUGCUAUACUAAUAGUGUAACACAUAGUUAUCGGUUAAUAACUUGAUGUGAGAUUGAUACCUAUCAUAGACUGAUUGAGUAGCGUGCAUGUUGUUUUCAGAUGCUCUUUACUUCUUAUUUAGAAUCAUAUUAAUCGGAAAAAAGUGUUACAGAACUGAACAGUACAUAAACAGACAUCUGGUAUAAUAAUAAUAAUAAUAAUAAUAAUAAUAAUAAUAAUAAUAAUAAUAACGGAAGAGAUGCUUUAUUACCGUAUAAAACACACGUUUCUCCUUUAUACAGAAUAAAAUUACAUUCUCGCUAUUCAUUUCCCAAACACGGAAAAUAAUACUGCUGUUGUUACGAGCCAGACUUAACUAGAAAAAGACCACGAAUAAAAUCAAGACAAUACCAGAGUUUCAAAAUGCAAUAUUUAUGUAGAAUAUUCGACACAAAGGCAACAGCUCAUGAUCUGUAGGCUUUGCAACAUUUACUAAUCCUGAUUUUUAUUAGCUUUGAUAAAAUUCCAUGAAGUUCAUUCACACAAAAUAUUUUGUAUGAUUGUUGAUUGUAUUGAAACUUGAAAAAUAAAUUUUUCUUAAGUCGCA